AUGUGGACACAGUCUGACGGACGUGUCUCCAGCAGCUGGACGCCCCGUGGAACCGAGGACUCGGCCCGGCUCAGCCAGAGCAUCCUCCAGCUGGGGGACGACCACAGGGACUUGAAGUUCUGGCUGCUGGGGGCCCUGGAGGACCUGGACAGCCGGGAGCUGAAGCUCUUCCACUGGCUCCUUCAGACCGCCAACGAGUCGAGGGACGGCUUCCAGCCAAUCAGGAAGAGCCGCCUGGAGCACGCCGACCGGCUGGACACGGUGGACCUGAUGGUGCAGGCCUACGCGGCCGGCGCCGGAGAGGUGGCCCGGAGUCUGCUGCAGCAGGUGGAGCGCCGCACAGGAAGGGCGCCAGAUGGCGAGCUGCAGCAGGAGGUUCCUACCCCGGCGGCGGCAGAUGAGAAACACGUCAGGAUCCUGAGCGACUUCGUCAGGAAGGUGACCGAAGAAAAGCUGAGGCAGCUGCUGGAGGCGCUGGUGAGCGAGGGCGUCCUGGACGACUCGGACAGGAAGUGUGUCCUGGAGCAGAACCACACCAGAGCCAACCAGGCCAGCAGCGUUGCGGACAUGGUGAGGGACCGAGGAGCCUGUGAGACCAUGGUCAGCCAUCUCCAGAGCAUGAGUCCGGCUUGGACCUCUGGCCGGGACCCCCCCCCCCACCCGUCUGCUGAGGCCGUGACGGAGAUCCAACGGUUAGUUAGACUCGGCCUGAAGAAGAAGGUCCAGUGUGUGUUUGAGGGCAUCGCCAACCCUCCCGACCAGAUCUACACAGAGCUCUACAUCACCGAGGGGGGGGCUACAGCGAUCAACCAGGAACACGAGAAUGGAGAACUGUGA